CUUAUCUCUAAAAGAUAUUUAGUAUUGCAUGCUACUUCUUGUUGUACUCUUUGCUUCUAGUUGUGUUCAUGCUGAAAUCACAUUACUGAUAAGUUAAAGCUACCUUUCGUAAAAUGGAAACUCGUGCUGUUGGACCUUUGAUUGGUUCUAUUGAUUGUGGAACUAGCAGUGCUCGUUUCAUGGUUUACAGUGUAACAUCAGGUGAAUUGAUUGCUUAUCAUCAAAUACCCACUGAACCAAUUUAUCCAAAACAAGGAUGGGUUGAACAAGAUUGUAAUCACAUUUUGAAGAUUGUUAACAACUCCAUCGAGAAAACAAUUGAUAAGCUGAAGGAGAUGAACAUUGAUCCAGGCUCAAUUAAAGGAAUCGGAAUAACUAAUCAACGAGAAUCCACAAUUGCUUGGCACAAAGAAACUGGUCAACCAUUACAUAAUGCAAUAAUCUGGUCUGAUGGUCGAACUCGUGAAAUUGUUGAUGAUUUUCUUGAUCAAAUUCCUGAUCGAGAUUUCAAUUACUACAAGGAAAGAACUGGAUUACCCAUUUCAACGUAUUUCACUGCAUUUAAAGUGAAAUGGCUACUUCAAAAUGUACCUCAGGUCAAGAAAGCAAUGGACGAACAAAAAUUACUGUUAGGAACAGUUGAUUCGUGGUUACUGUGGAACCUUUGUGGAGUUCAUGCUACUGAUGUAACCAAUGCUAGUAGAACUUUUCUCAUGAAUAUUGAAACUCUUGAAUGGGAUGAACAUCUGUGCAACAAAGUGUUCGGAAUUCCGGUAUCGAUUUUACCCAAAAUAAAAUCAUCAGCAUCAAAUUUUGGCACAAUAAAUUCUGGACCAUUAAAGGGAUUACCAGUUACUGGGGUGAUUGGUGAUCAACAUUCAGCUUUAGUGGGUCAUCAAUGUCUCUCUCCAGGCCAAAUCAAAAGCACAUAUGGUACAGGAUGUUUUAUUUUGCAAAAUUUAGGCUCAUGUUCAGGGAAGAAAGCUUUAAGUGGAAUUUCCAAUGAGGCCAAAAAAUCUCUUAUAGUUACUGUUGCUUAUAAACUUGAAAACCAACCUGCCGUUUAUGCCCUAGAAGGAAGCAUUGCUGUUGUUGGAGCCUCAAUGGUUUGGCUUCGGGACAAUAUUGGUUUGAUAAAUGAUUUCAAUGAGAUUGAAUCCUUGAGUAAUCAAGUUAAUAAUUCUGGUGGUGUAUAUUUUGUACCUGCUUUUCAAGGACUUUUUGCUCCUUACUGGGAUUUGAGUGCUAGCGGUUUGUUCAUUGGUCUUUCGCAAUUUACACGAAAAGCUCAUCUGGUUAGAGCAAUGUUAGAGAGCGUCGCCUUCCAAACAACUGAUAUUUUAUCCCUCAUGAAACCUUCUAGUUCAGGUUUGAAGGUUGACGGAGGAAUGGUUACAAAUGAUAGCUUAUGCCAAAUAAUUAGUGAUCUCAAUGCUGUUAAAGUUAUUAGACCAUCCAAAAUUGAAGCCACUGCACUGGGCUGUGCCAUGAUUGCUGGACAUACUUUAGGUUUAUGGGACUUUGAAAAUAAUCAUAUCAAGUUGCGAAAUAAACUGGAUAUGCUGAUUAAUGGUCGUACAUCUGAUUUAGAGGCUGAGGAUACUUGUGAUAAAGUUAAUCAAGAUGACCAACAAGCAAUUAAUGGUCCUCUAACUAAUGGUAAAUACCGAGAUCGUAAUUUUUCUCUGUACAGAUCUUCAAUGGAUGAUUCAAUGCUUUAUCCUAAUUCAUCAAUCUUCAAACCACAAAUUGACUCUCAAGUUCGCAGUGAAAUGCUUAUCUCUUGGAAUCGAGCGGUUAAAAGAUCAAUGGGUUGGACUCAAAACAAAAGAGUAGAAGUGAAAGAAGUAAAUUAUCUGAAAAAAUCUGGUUUAUCGAUGAGUUUGCUCAUUAUAUCUUCGAUGGCCAUGUUCAUUUUUGGCCGAUACGUUGCUGGUAAAACCUGAUAUGUUUGGUUGUGAAUACAAGCUUAUUAGAAAAGUAUUUCAACUUGAUUUUGGUUGUUCUGAUUAUGCUCAUAAGCAAAUAAUUAACAUAGCCUGGUAUAAAUUAUGUAAAACAAGUUUAAAGUCUCUUUUAUUGGUCAACAAAAUGGUCAAUUUCUUGUUGCUGGUGAUGGAAAAAUUCUGUGAUUCUACUUAUGAACUAUUGUUCGUUCACUAUUGAAGCAUUUAAAGCACAUUCAUUUGUUGCACGUCCAGGUUUUGAUUGCUGCAAAUCAAUAUUCAUUGGCUGCUUCAAUCUACUCGAGACAAAUUUUGUUAAUUAGAUUGAAAUAAAUUUAACUUGAAUCAAUUGUAAUAACCAUGAAUAACUUUAAAUACUAAAUACACUCAAAGUGUUGUAAAA